UUAUUCCUUUCUUUCUCGAUACCCAAUAGUUCAUGGUGGAUGGAUUCACAUUUUCUCAACUUCCGGCUUCCGGUUUUCACCUAGUCUAUGUUUUCUAUUAUAUUGCAGUUUUAAAUCCCACCGCUUUAACUUUCAAUGACAGCUUAUCUAAACAAGUUAUGCAGGUGAGAAACCGAUCUUGUGAGUGGAUCUCAGCUCAUCCGGUUCCCGGAACAUUUGUAUGCAACAUUGGUGAUAUGUUGAAGAUACUAUCCAAUGGUUUAUACGACUCAACACUUCACCGAGUUAUCAACACAUCUCCGACAUAUCGCUUCUGUGUCGCAUACUUUUACGAGCCAAAUUACGAUGCAGCAGUGGAACCUUUGGAAGUCUGUGUACAGAAGAGUGGCGGAACUCGGAAGCUCGAAAAAGCUGUUUACGGCGAACAUUUAGUUAGCAAAGUACAAACAAACUUCGUUAUGUAGGAGUUUGAGGUUGAACUUUCCAUUCUCUGAUUGUACAUUUGACUUCAUAAUGUCUG